UAAUUGUGAAGGUUCUUAAAAAUAUUUUUUGAGUGUUUCGCGAGUAUUUAAAAGAUGCUCAUUUUUUGCUGGAAAAUUUGACUACCUGCCCUGAUAGAUUUUGAUUUUUUUCCUGCCAUAUCAUUUAACAAGAUCAUUUUUUAUUUGGAAAAAAGGUUUUGAAAGUAGCUUCCAGCUGUUUCUAUGUUUUCUACAUCUGUUGUAUUUAUUACCAGCAAAAUUCAAAGUUUGGCAUUCUGUGGAGUGCCUGGGCAUUGUAUGUAAUGCUUAAAACUAGCCAGUAAUGUGUAAAAUAAUUUAUAUUAUAAACUUUUCGUACAUAAUGCCAAAUUAGAAGUAGGCAAAGUAUCAAAUACAUUUCAGAUUUGUUUCAAAUGUUAGUCAAAGUGUCAUUCAAGCCUUCCAUAUUGAUACAUCAAUAUCAAUAUCCAGAUAGAGCAAAACGUGAUGUUAGUAAUGCCAUUCAACGUUAUAAAAAUUUAAGGCCUAAACUAGACACUUAUGUUUUUAAUGAUGGCAAUAGACAAGAAUUAGCUUGCCUUGAUGGUACUAUCCCUGUUAUGUAUAAAGGAACUUAUUAUCAUAUACCUGUAUGUAUCUGGCUUUUGGAUUCACAUCCUUACAAUUCACCUAUGUGCUAUGUAAAACCAACCUCUGACAUGCAGAUAAAAGCUUCUCGACAUGUUGAUACUAAUGGACGAGUUUAUUUGCCAUACCUGCACAACUGGAAUCCAGAUACUUCAGAUUUAUUAGGAGUCAUACAAGUAAUGAUUAUAGUAUUCGGUGAACAGCCACCAGUUUAUUCUAAACCAAAACAAAACUCCUCAGCUUAUACUUCUUCUACACCUUAUCCUACUGAGCCAUCAAGUUUUAUGCCAAUGCCAAAUGUGGGAACAACUUAUCCUUCUUACCCUCCAGUUCAGCCAGGGUCUACUCCUUACCCUCCAGUGUCAUCUGCAUUUCCACCUUAUUCAGGUGGUUACCCUGCAGCAUCAGGCUACAGUGCCUAUGGUGGAAUGAAUUCUGCCUCUGGUGGCCUUCCUCCAACCAAUAGUUAUCCUCCAACUACUGCCACCCCUUAUCCUCCAACAACUGCAUCGAACAUGACUACACAACAAAGUGGCACUGGCACAAUUACCCAAGAACAUAUACAUGCCUCAUUAUAUUCUGCCGUAGAAGACAAAGUUAAAAAGCAUCUUCGAGAAGUUCUUGCUCAAUCACAGGCUGAGAUGGAUGUUUUGAAAAAAACAGAGGAGGAUUUAAACAAAGGAAAAGCUAAACUAGAAGAUAUUAUUAACCGUUUACAAAUGGAACAGGGUCAAUUAGAAAAGAAUAUUCAUGUUUUGCGAUCCAAAGAAUCAGAAAUGGAUGAGUUAUUAGCUAAAGUAGAAAAACAAGAUCAAGUUGAUAUUGAUGAAGCUGUUGUAGCACCAGCUCCUCUUUAUAAGCAACUCUUAAAUGCAUUUGCUGAAGAAAAUGCUACUGAAGAUGCUGUUUAUUAUUUGGGAGAAGCUUUAAGAAAAGGAGUAAUCAACCUUGAUCUUUACUUAAAGCAUGUGCGAUCACUUUCCUGGAAACAGUUUAUGCUUAAAGCGCUGAUGCAGAAGUGUCGUGAGAAAGCAAACCUCCCACAUUGAUGGUAGAAGUUCCCAAGCCUACAAUAUGUUCUCCAGAGAAAAAAUGUAUACUGAACUAUAAAAUGAAUAUAAAAAAUCUCUGGAUUUUACGUUUGAAGGAUUUAAGGCAUUCACAAGAUUAAAUUUAUUCCGUUUUAUUAGAAUCUUGUAUAAUAUGUGCAUUGUUUGACUGUAAUAAAUAUUUUAAUUUAAAUAAACCUGUUAUAAUAUA